CUUUCUUUUAAAAUGAGUGAACCUCCGCAGAAAAAGCAAAAGACAGAUCCUGAGAAUGGCAUUCCGGAAAUUCGAAACAUUAUUGAGAAGAGGUCAGAUAAGGUCGACUUCUAUAUAGUCUAUGAAAAGCAUGGUGGCAAAGGCGAGAAGAUCAAGUACGGAGUAGAAAAGUCUAGGCUUAUUGAUUCAAGUCUUUUUCAAGAUAUGUUCGAUUUCUGCUCAAACAAGGAUGGGAAAGUGAUGCAAAUAGAAGAAGUAGAGCUUUUUGAUAAAUUUCCUCCUAAGGUAGUCUGCCGUGCCUUGGAGAUUAUAAGCGGCGUCGUCCCCUCGGAAAGCUGGUCAAUCGACUUCUCGGCAGAUAUGAUUGACUUUGGUCAUAAGUAUGGAUCGGAAAUCGUCUCACAUUUCGGCCUGCAUAAAUUUUGCGGAGCCUUUGGAAAGGAGAAAAACAGGAAUUACGCAUUGUUGAAGUCCCGAUAUGGUACUGCUGCUUUAGUGAAGUACAUCAGUGUAUGGCGCCGACUAUUGGAAUCGGACAUAUCUUCCACCAAAGAAACAGCGGAUAUAUACUUUUGGUGUUUUGAACGUAUAUGGCCUUUUCUGUGUGAUCGAUACCGCACGACGAUCCAUGAAGCUUCCAUCGGUCAUUUCGUAAGAGGGAAGACGCAUCCCCAUCUUACCGCUGAAGAAAUUUCUUUUGCAGCUAGCUUCAUCGAGAAAUACUCCCAACAUUUUGAGAGACUCAAAGAUAAUUCUUCAAAAGACCUUUGCGACGUGCUUCAAGCACUAUCUGAGGAACAAAAAGAAAACGACAAAGAGCAAAGUGAUGACAAUGAAGGUCAGGCAGACAACGAAGAAGUUCAACCAAACAGUGGUGUAGUUGACGGAGAAUAG